AUGUUUCGAGCGGCGGCCGCAGGGCCUUACGAUGAGGCCAUCAACAAGGCGACCGACGAGAACCUCACGUCCGAGGACUGGGGCGCCAUCAUGGAGGUCUGCGAUCGGGUAGCCACCGAUGACAACGGUGCCAAGGAGGCAGUCAACAGCAUGAUCAAGCGCCUGGCCCAUAGGAACGCCAAUGUUCAGUUGUAUACCCUCGAGGUUGCCAACGCCCUCUCCCAAAACUGCGGCAAGAACAUGCACCGCGAGCUCUCGAGCCGCGCCUUCACCGACGCCCUCCUCAAGCUCGCCAACGACCGCAACACCCACACCCAAGUCAAGGCCAAGAUCCUCGAGCGCAUGAAGGAGUGCGCCCCGCAGAAGAACGUGCUCACCGACGCCGACCGCCAGAAGGAGGAGGAGGAGCUCCAGAUGGCUCUCCAGCUCAGCUUGCAGGAGGAGGAACGGAAGAAGGGUGGUGGUGGGAGACCCGCUGGUGGGGCAACUGCGUCUUCAUCUGGUGGUGCGGCGGCCGGGUCAAGCAACAACGCCGGAGGAGCAUCGGGGGGACGCACGAACCCGACCACUGGCCAGGCAGAUGCGGCGGCAACACCGCAGCCGGUUCCCUCGGGCACCACGGCCGCUACCGUGUCCCGCGUCAGAGCGCUCUACGACUUUGUGCCCUCGGAGCCGGGCGAGUUGGAGUUCAAGAAGGGUGAUGUCAUUGCCGUGCUGGAGAGCGUGUACAAGGAUUGGUGGCGUGGGUCUCUCAAGGGCAAGACGGGCAUCUUCCCGCUGAACUAUGUCGAGAAGUUGACGGAUCCUACACCGGAGGAGUUGCAGCGUGAGGCGCAGAUGGAGGCUGAGGUGUUUGCGGAGAUCAAGAAUGUCGAGAAGUUGUUGACCCUCUUGAGCGCUGGAAAUACGGGGCCGAGGGAGGAGGACAAUGAGGAGAUUUCGAAACUGUAUCACCAGACGCUGGCGAUUCGGCCUAAGCUUAUUAAGCUGAUUGAGAAGUAUUCGCAGAAGAAGGAUGACUUCACGCAGUUGAAUGAAAAGUUCAUCAAGGCUAGGAGAGACUAUGAAGCGCUCCUCGAAUCUUCCAUGUCUCACCCACCAGGGCCGAGUUAUCACCAAUACGCAAUGAGACCUCCAAUGACCAACAGCUACGGAGCUGGGGGGUAUGGUGCGCCUCCUCCGCAACAGCAGCAGCAGCAGCAGGAGCCUCCCAGGUUCUAUACUCCAGCGCCAGCUCAAGAUGCGCCUCAGUACCCUACCACCUCGCCGUCGCCUAAUCCUAACCACUUCAUCCGCCCUGCCGGCACUCCUGCGCCCUAUCAUAUGGGUGGCGCUGAAGGUCCAGGACAAUAUCAACAGCAAACUCCCUAUCCUCAACAGCAGCAGCAACCAGCAUAUGGUGGUCCCUCCAGACCUCAAGACCAGCGCAUCCCAUCAGGGUCCAACAACACCAUGCUGCCUGCUCCGCUGAACACGACUUCCUCGCCGCCACCAGGGAACCAGUAUGCCCCGUACCAACCUCCUGGCGCAUCCGGAAGCAACAACCGCACGAACUCAUACAGCAGCGCAAACGGCGGUGCCCCUCAAGAGCUCUCCACCUCGGCUUAUGACUCGCCCACCGCUCAACACAGCACCAACCCCCUCUCUAACCCAUCCUACAACGCUCCCUCCGCUCCUUCCUACAACCAAGGACCUUCGGGAGCUUCCAACGACGACCCAUAUGCACCAGCCAGCCCUACAGCCACCGCCCCCGGAGCAGGACCCAGCAGUAACGUAGGAUCCGCUCCCCCUCCUCCCUCCGCUCCCGCACCCUCCGCUCCCUCAGCACCUAGUGUUCCCGCCGGUUACACGCAGGGCGGAUACCACUCCCAGAACCCCUACCAAGCCGCCGCCACUGCCGCUGCGGCAGCUGCUUCUUCGAGACCGCAUGCUGGGUAUGAGGGUGCCGGUAGCGAGGUGUCGUCGACGGCACCGCAGCCACCUGCGGCUCUGCAACCUGGUGGUGGCACACAGCAUCAGUACAAGGCUUAUGUCCCGCCUGGGUCGGCGCCGUCGGCACCGGGUGGUCAGGAGGGACCAAGUGCACCUGGGGCACCGGGACAGAGUCAAGGUCAGGGACAGGGGCAGAAUGAUGGGUUGGCGGAUUAUUAUCGGAGUGCUUAUUAG